AAGCGAUUGUUGGAGGGUGAAAAUGAAGGGGAUAAGUCAUCCCCGUCGUCCUCGUCGCCAUCGCUGUCGAACAGUGCAGAAUCGAAAUCAAGCGACGAGGAUGACGAUAUGGCUGCUGCUGUGGAGCGCCAGUUUUUCGCGUUGUAG